AUGGCCAACCAAUGUUCCGGUCACGUCUUUGCCAUUGUGCAAGCCACCAAUGGCAACAUUCUCACUUGGCGUUGCUCGGAUUGCAACUCUGGUCCAUUCGUGGCAAUCUGGCGAUGCAAGGCCUGUGGCCACUGUCGCUGCAAUGCCUGCCACAACACCAAAGGCUGUAAGUGUGUCCCAAAAUUGUUAGGUUGCAACUACUGA